UAUGUCAGAGGGUAAAGAAGGGAGAGGUCGUGUAAGAACUGGGGGAUAUGUCGGGUUCGCUGAUCUUCCAAACCAGGUACACAGAAAAAGUGUGAAAAAGGGAUUCGAGUUUACUCUUAUGGUUGUUGGUGAGAGUGGUCUCGGUAAGAGCACCCUAGUUAACUCUUUGUUCCUAACGGACCUCUACGCUAAAAGAGCUCCUAACAGCGCUAAAGAUCGCAUUAACAAGACAGUGUCCAUCGAGACGAACUGUGUUGAGAUAGAGGAGAAGGGAGUGAGGUUGAGGUUGACUGUUGUAGAUACGCCGGGCUUUGGGGAUGCUUUGAACAACGAUAAGUGCGAGGAAUCUAUCAUUAAAUACGUCGCAAAUCAAUACGAAGCAUAUUUACAAGACGAAAGUGGACUUAACAGAAGAAACAUCGUUGAUAACAGAGUUCAUUGCUGUUUGUAUUUUAUUAGUCCUUACGGUCGAGGGUUGAAACCAAUCGACAUCAAGUUUAUGAGGUCACUCCACGAUAAAGUUAACAUCGUUCCCGUCAUUGCUAAAGCUGAUACCCUCACCAAAACUGAAAUUCGAAGUCUGAAAGCCAGAAUCCUAGAAGAGAUUGAAGAAGCCAGUAUUAGGAUAUAUCAGUUUCCAGAGUGUGACAGCGAUGAAGAUGAGGACUUUGUUGAGAUGAACAAAGAUCUCAAGGAAAGUCUGCCAUUCGCAGUUAUUGGGAGUAACACGUUUAUUGUUAAAGAGGGUAACCGAGUCAUAGGUAGACAGUACCCCUGGGGAGUUGUCGAAGUUGAGAACCCAGAGCACUCAGACUUUGGCAAGUUGAGGAACAUGCUGAUAAGGACUCACAUGCAAGACUUAAAGGAGGUCACACGUGACGUUCAUUACGAAAACUUCCGAUCUCAAAAGCUCAGUUAUAGCGAUCUCGAGGGAUCAAUACUGCAAAAAAAUCCAGCUGCAGCACACAACUUCACUAUACACUCACCAUACUUUACCACUCUUAAUCUUACUACGACUCCCAGUACGAACACCAGUAUAAACGAGAGCACAGGCCCCAAGGUUGUUGACGAAACUGACAAGAUAAUCCGUGAGAAGGAUGAAGAGUUGAAGAGAAUGCAGAGAAUGGUCGAACAGUUGACCAAGCAACAAAAUAUGCUGGCCGCUAUGCAGAAGCAGUAACACCAUUACUCAAUUUAGAGAUUAUAUCAUCCAACUUCUAGUAUAGCUCAUCAAUUGUAUUUUAGAAUUUUCAACAUUUUAUUUUAUGCCAACGCGAGCAGUUGAGCUAAUAAUACCCGCGAAGAAUGUCGUGAUGUUUGUCAAUUUAAAGAUAUAGCGCCUGAAGCUUUAGAUAAAGAUGAUAAACUUUGAAGAAAUGAGUGAUUUGUUAGAAUUUUCGUGGAUGGACUAAAGCUGCACAUUAAUCCCCAUCAUUUGAAGUAUUUUUGAAAUUAUAAAAAUUCAUAACUGACAAUGGCAAUCUAUAAAUAGUAUCUACAAAAAUCAAAUUAAUGUUUUAGUAUCGUUAUUUUGAGAUUUUCCGUUAACCUGCAUGACAAUAUAAUAGUAAGUAGCAUGAACUUUAAUCUUUCCUGAAAUCAAAUAUAAUGUUUUAACCAAGUUGAUGUCAUGCAUGUUCAUUAAGAUAGAUUUUGCGAUGAAUAUGUUAAUUUAAUGCCAAUGUCUUUACGUUAUGGUUUGAGUUCAUUUAUGAGCUGAUUUCCAGGAUAAUCUCGCAUCAGAUAGAAA